GAGAAUUUUUGAAUAGGAAACGAAAGUUAAAAGAUACUCCAUUUUUUGGACAAUAGUGAAAUAUUUGAAAAUGAAGAAUUAAGCAAGUCUGAGUUUGAACAGCUUCUGGUUCUGAGUUGUGCCAACAAAAAUCUGUACGUUGGUAGCUUCCGCACCUCCAAUUAAUAAUUUGUCGGCAAAAACAAAAUGCGAGUUGUUUUAUUCUCGUCCACAAGAUUUGAGUUUUAAUUGAGUGAUUAGGGCCGAAGUUGGUGGAUAGUUAGCAUGGAGGCGUCGUGCAUUUCCUGCGGCGGCGUCUCGGCCUCCAUAUUGGGUUUACGCCGGCAGUCCAUUUCACUUUGCCAAAUCUCCAAUCGUCGAGUGUGCAGCAGUAGCAGCACUCCCGCUCCAAUCGUCAAGACCCGAAGAAGAAGCCGAAAGAGUGCCCUAGCCAAAGAGACUGCCAAGAACGGAGACCCCCUGGGGCGGAGGGAUUUGGGCAAGGCGGUGGUGAAAUGGAUCUCCCAGGGCAUGAAGGCUAUGGCUCUGGAUUUCGCGACGGCGGAGAUGGAGAUGGAGGAGGAGAGUGAGUUUGCGGAGCUGAUGCAGCGGAUGGGCCCGGGCCUCACCUUUGUUAUUCAGGCUCAGCCUUACCUCAAUGCGGUCCCCAUGCCUGUGGGGAUGGAGGUCAUCUGCCUCAAGGCCUGCACUCAUUAUCCCACCCUCUUCGAUCACUUUCAGAGGGAGCUCAGAGACGUUCUUCAGCAGCUCCAGAGCAAGUCUCUCAUCCCUGACUGGCGUCACACUAAGUCCUGGCUGCUGCUCAAGGACCUCGCCAAUUCUGCUCAGCAUAGAGCCAUAGCCCGGAAGACUUCUAUUCCCAAGUCCGCCCACGGGGUUCUUGGCUUACAGCUCGACAAGAUCAGAGCCAUUCAGGCCAGAAUCGACGACUUCACCCACCACAUGUCCGAACUGCUUCGCAUAGAAAGGGAUGCCGAGUUGGAAUUCACUGAGGAAGAGCUCAAUGCUAUUCCAACCCCCGAUGAGCACUCUGCAAAGCCAAUUGAAUUCUUGGUCAGCCAUUCCCAGACAGAGCAAGAACUAUGUGAUACCAUAUGCAAUCUCAAUGCCGUCAGCACAUAUACUGGAUUAGGAGGGAUGCAUUUGGUUUUGUUUAGAGUUGAUGGAAACCACAGAUUACCGCCCACUAACCUUUCCCCUGGAGACAUGGUUUGCGUGAGGAUAUGUGACAGUAGGGGAGCUGGCGCAACAUCUUGCAUCCAGGGCUUUGUUAAUAAUCUCGGGGAUGAUGGAUGUAGCAUUACCGUUGCUCUUGAAUCCCGUCAUGGGGAUCCUACAUUUUCAAAGCUGUUUGGCAAGAAUAUCCGGAUAGAUCGCAUCCAAGGAUUGGCUGAUGCACUCACAUAUGAGCGUAAUUGUGAAGCUCUAAUGAUGCUUCAUAAGAAAGGCUUACAAAAAAAGAAUUGUUCUCUAGCAGUGGUUUCUACAAUUUUUGGAGACAAAGAAGAUAUUGCAUGGCUCGAGGACAAUGACAUGGUAGAUUGGGGUGAAGCAGAAUUGAAUGGGUUGUUAGAUAAUGAAUGUUUUGACAAAUCCCAGCAAAGAGCAAUUGCGUUAGGUUUAAACAAGAAGCGUCCUGUACUGGUAAUUCAAGGGCCUCCUGGAACUGGAAAGAGUGGGGUGCUCAAGCAACUAAUUUCACUUGUUGUUAAACAGGGUGAAAGGGUACUUGUCACAGCACCUACUAAUGCAGCUGUGGACAAUAUGGUUGAGAAGCUAUCUGAUAUUGGAGCUAACAUUGUUCGAGUUGGUAAUCCAGCAAGAAUAUCGCCUACUGUAGCUUCCAAAUCAUUGGUUGAAAUUGUAAAUAAUAGACUAGCCGAUUUCAGAUCAGAGUUUGAGAGGAAGAAAUCUAAUUUAAGGAAGGACCUUAGUCAUUGCUUAAAAGAUGAUUCCUUGGCUGCCGGCAUACGUCAGCUUCUCAAACAGUUAGGAAAGGCAAUGAAGAAGAAGGAGAGGGAAACAGUACGAGAAAUUCUUUCAAGCGCUCAAGUUGUGCUUUCCACAAAUAUUGGAGCAGCUGACCCCAUGAUUAGAUGGCUCGACUCAUUUGACUUGGUAGUCAUAGAUGAAGCGGGUCAAGCUAUCGAACCUUCUUGCUGGAUACCAAUACUUCUUGGAAAGCGCUGUAUACUUGCGGGUGACCAGUGCCAACUUGCUCCAGUGAUCUUAUCUAGAAAAGCCUUGGAAGGUGGUCUAGGAGUAUCUUUCUUGGAAAGAGCAUCAACUUUGCAUGAAGGGGUUCUUGCAACGAAAUUGACAAUGCAAUAUAGGAUGAACAAUGCAAUAGCGAGUUGGGCUUCGAAAGAGAUGUAUAAUGGAUUACUCAAGUCCUCUUCCACUGUUACUUCUCAUCUUCUUUCUGAUUCUCCAUUUGUCAAGCAAACGUGGAUAACACAAUGCCCUUUGUUACUGCUCGAUACGAGAAUGCAAUAUGGAAGUCUUUCUGUUGGCUGUGAAGAACAACUAGACCCUGCUGGUACAGGUUCCUUCUACAAUGAUGGUGAAGCGGAUAUUGUUGUACAACAUGUGUUUUCCUUGAUUUAUGCUGGUGUUAGCCCAAAGAGCAUAGUAAUACAGUCUCCUUAUGUUGCUCAAGUCCAACUACUAAGAGACAGGCUGGAAGAUAUUCCCCUUGCUGCAGGUGUUGAGGUUGCAACAGUUGAUAGUUUUCAAGGCCGUGAGGCGGAUGCUGUGAUUAUAUCAAUGGUUCGCUCAAACAACCUCGGAGCUGUUGGAUUUUUAGGAGAUAGCAGACGGAUGAAUGUAGCGAUAACCAGAGCACGUAAACACGUGGCAAUUGUUUGUGACAGCUCCACAAUAUGCCAUAACACGUUCUUGGCAAGGUUGUUGCGGCAUAUUAGAUAUUUUGGGCGGGUGAAGCAUGUGGCGCCAGGUGAGUCUGGAGGAUCUGGCCUAAGUAUGAACCCUAUGCUGCCUUCAGUUAGUUGAUAAAUCCUUCCUGUGAAUAUUCACAUAGCUAGUCCACUUGGGUGGCGCUGCACAUCUGUAUAUAAAGGUAUUCCAGCAGGUCCCCAAAGCAAUCCCCGUAUAUGCUUAUUCAUUGCUGCUGCAUCACUGCAUUUGCAGUGUUUCAGUAGAGGACUGCAUGUUGGGCAGCCCAUGUAAAAUUCAUUUCUGUUUGGAUAUAGGUAAAUGCAGCAUCAUGUUCUCUAGUCAAUAUAUUGCAAUUUUCUGCAGCUGACUUUGUGUGAUUUUUUAACAUUGUGAUUUGCACCCAUGAGUUGGUGGGUGUUAGUUAAAAAGUUGAAAAGGUUGUUGGGGGCA